UUCGCCGAGUCUUCGUUGAGGUAGUUAGGGUUUUACUUACCAGUGUGUCUGAACACUGAACUGAACUCAAUAGAAUUCAAGAAUGGAACCCGAUCCUUCCUCUUUAGCUUCUUUCAGCAGCACUGAUAUUCAAUCUCUUGCCGAUCUGCUCGCAGAUCUGGUCCUCGGUGAGCAAUCGGUGGAUGAUGAUUUGAGGCCGAAGCAGGAGUUUAUGUGCCCUUUCUGCGGCGAAAUUCACGACGCCGAUUCACUUAGCUACCACAUUCAUGAUCAGCAUCCCCGGCAUCUCACCAAUGGGGACUGUCCAAUUUGUGAAGAAUCGUUAGGGAUGGAACUUGUCGGUCAUAUUGCUAGAGAACAUGGAGAUCUUCUGAAAGUGCAGCGCAAAAGAAGGUUCAGGACUGGAGGCUCGAAUCCUACAUUGAGAAACGAACUGGAUAAAGAAAUAUGGAACCACCUAUUAAGAGAUUUUUCAUGCAUAGCUCCCUCUGAGCUUGAUCCUUUGCUCUCAUCAUUUAUUUCCACCCCAGUUUUAGCUGACGAACAAUUCAGUGCACAAGUACAACCUCCAUUGGAAGCUAUUGAAAUGCAAAGUUUAGAAGGCGAUUUCUUGGAAAGAGAACCUGAACCGUUGCAACCAUUGGACAAGGAUCAAGCCGAGAAAGAUCCAAGGUUUGAGUUCGUUCAGAGGUUACUGAUGUCUGCUAUUCUUGAUAAUAACUUACCAAUGAAAUUGUAGCUAGUUCUGACGUUAUUGAGGGAGGGGGUUUAUGCUCAUUGAUAGAGUGAAUA